AUGCCGCUCUGUCUCACCUUCAUCGACUUGAAGAAGGCCUUCGACUCAGUUGAGAUAGAAGCGGUUGUGGAAGCUUCGGACAACAAAGGCAUCCCUAAUCAGUACGUAAUGGUACUUCGAGACUUGUACAGCAUGACUACACACUUCACGAUCGGCAUUCCGCCAUUCUACAAGAAGAUCAUAAUCGACAUGAAGAGAGGUCCGACAGGAUGA